UCUCACAGAAUGUGUCGCAAAAAAGUGACUUCUUACGUUGCAGAACCCCGAACACGACACAGAUCACACCAGUGGCGUAUCAUCAUCAUUUAUCACGUAUAAGCCAAAUGCACCACGCUGCUGCCUUUACGAUUGCCUUGCUGUUUAUAACAUAGUGUGGUGGCUUAGUGAUGUGUGACGAUGUGUGCAGGGGACACUUGGCAACUAUGGGAG